AUGGCAAGCUCACCUAUAUCAGAGCCCUUCACCCUGAAAAGUGGCCUGGUUUUGCAGAAUAGGCUUAUCAAGACCGCCACGGCUGAAAACCUAGGUGACAAGAAAUACCUCCCGACUGAAGCUCUGGUUGAAGCAUAUGAAACGUGGGCAAACGGCGGCUGGGGAAUGGUCAUUACCGGCAAUGUGCAAGUUGACGCUCGCUACCUCGGCCAGCCCCACGACGUGGCUUACAAUGAAGCCGUCGAGUACAAACAGAUGCUUGAGAGUUGGAAGAAGUGGGCCGCACCUUACAAAAACAGCAACUCUCAUGCCGUUGUACAGAUCAAUCAUCCCGGAAGGCAAUCCCCUGCCGGAUCUGGUACCAAGGGCUAUUUUACCAAGAGCAUUGCCCCGAGCCCUGUCCCGCUAAGCCUCGGGAAGGAGUUCUUCCCUAGAAUAAUGUCCACACUCAUUUUCGGCACCCCAAGACAGAUGACCCUGGCAGAGAUCAAAGAGACCACGCAACAGUUUGCCAGGACGGCCCGGCUAGCAGCUGACGCGGGCUUCCCAGGCGUUGAGCUACACGCAGCACAUGGGUAUCUGCUCGCGCAGUUCCUUUCGGAGAAAACCAACAAGCGAACGGAUGAGUACGGUGGCUCUGCCGCAGCUAGAACCAAGAUUGUGGUCGAAAUCAUAGAAGCCAUCCGCGCGGUGGUCCCGAAGGGCUUUACGGUCGGCAUCAAGAACAACUCGGUCGAUCAUCGAUCGCCAAAGGCGCUGGCGGAUAGCAUCACCCAGUUGAAGCUCAUCGCCCAAGCCGGCAUCGACUUUUUGGAGAUUAGCGGUGGCACAUAUGAGGACCCUCAGCUUGUUGCCGGCCUGAACACCAAUCUCAAAUCCGUCACGGUCAAAGAGAGAUCCCGAGAAGCCUUUUUCUUAGAGUUCGCAAGGACAAUCCGAGACGAGUUUCCAGGCCUUCCGUUGAUUAUCACGGGCGGAUUCCGCUCCCGAAAUGUCAUUGAGUCUGCAAUCACGGAGGGCGCGCUCGACCUCGUCGGCAUGGCCAGACCAGCCAUCCUGAACCCAUCUGUUCCGAUAAACACCAUUCUCAACAAUUCCGUCCAGGAAAAGGACGCAAAAGCAUACGCCAGGCUGAUUGAACCGUCGUGGUUGUUGAGGAAGAUUGGCAACGUUGUCAUUGGAGCCGGCGUGGAGACCGUCUGGUACGGAAAGCAGAUCGUCAACAUGGGAAAAUAA